CCGGCCCCGGCCCCGGCCCCGUCCUCCCGCGGCGGCAGAUGUGCGUGGGGUCAGCCCACGGCGGGGACUAUGGUGAAAUUCCCGGCGCUCACGCACUACUGGCCCCUGAUCCGGUUCCUGGUGCCCCUGGGCAUCACCAACAUUGCCAUCGAUUUCGGGGAGCAGGCCUUGAACCGGGGCAUCGCAGCCGUCAAGGAAGACGCUGUGGAGAUGCUGGCCAGCUAUGGGCUGGCCUAUUCUCUGAUGAAGUUCUUCACAGGGCCCAUGAGUGACUUCAAGAACGUGGGCCUGGUGUUUGUGAACAGCAAGCGAGACAGGACCAAAGCCGUCCUUUGCAUGGUGGUGGCUGGAGCCAUCGCUGCUGUCUUCCACACGCUGAUAGCUUACAGUGACCUAGGUUACUACAUCAUCAAUAAGCUGCACCAUGUGGAUGAGUCUGUGGGGAGUAAAACGAGAAGGGCCUUCCUGUAUCUCGCUGCCUUCCCUUUCAUGGAUGCCAUGGCGUGGACCCACGCUGGCAUUCUCUUAAAACACAAAUACAGUUUCCUGGUGGGAUGUGCCUCAAUCUCCGACGUCAUAGCUCAGGUUGUUUUUGUGGCCAUCCUGCUUCACAGCCACCUGGAGUGCCGGGAGCCGCUGCUCAUCCCCAUCCUCUCCCUGUACAUGGGCGCCGUCGUGCGCUGCACCACGCUGUGCCUGGGCUACUACCGGAACAUCCACGACAUCAUCCCCGACAGGAGCGGCCCGGAGCUGGGGGGAGACGCAACAGUAAGGAAGAUGCUGAGUUUCUGGUGGCCCUUGGCUUUGAUUCUCGCCACCCAGAGAAUCAGUCGGCCCAUUGUCAACCUCUUUGUCUCCCGAGACCUUGGUGGCAGCUCAGCGGCUACGGAGGCAGUGGCAAUUCUGACAGCCACCUACCCUGUGGGUCACAUGCCAUACGGCUGGUUGACAGAGAUCCGAGCUGUCUACCCCGCUUUUGACAAGAAUAACCCCAGCAAUAAGCUGGCGAGCGCAAGCAGUACCGUAACCCCGGCGCACAUCAAGAAGUUCACGUUCGUUUGCAUGGCCCUGUCGCUGACGCUCUGCUUCGUGAUGUUCUGGACCCCCAACGUGUCUGAGAAGAUCCUGAUCGACAUCAUUGGCGUGGACUUUGCCUUCGCAGAGCUCUGCGUCGUUCCCCUGCGCAUCUUCUCCUUCUUCCCCGUGCCUGUCACCGUGCGCGCCCACCUGACCGGGUGGCUGAUGACGCUGAAGAAGACCUUCGUCCUGGCACCCAGCUCGGUGCUGCGCAUCAUCGUCCUCAUCACCAGCCUGGUGGUCCUGCCCUACCUGGGGGUCCACGGAGCCACCUUGGGCGUGGGCUCUCUCCUGGCAGGGUUCGUGGGAGAAUCCACCAUGGUUGCCAUCGCGGCGUGCUACGUCUAUCGGAAGCAGAAAAAGAAGAUGGAAAACGAGUCGGCCACUGAGGGGGAAGACUCUGCCAUGACGGACAUCCCUCCCACAGAGGAGGUGACAGACAUUGUAGAAAUGAGAGAGGACAAUGACUGAGACACGCAGAAGGGCAGCGGGGACGGCACUUCAGCGUUACCUCCUCCUCCGUCGUGUUUGGUUCCUCUCUCUUUCUCUCUCUCUCUCUUCUUUUUUUUUUUUUUUCCUCCUUUUGGUAACGAAAGAGGCCUUGAUGUAAAAGGUUUCAUGUAAAUUCUCUAGCAUACUGGGUAUGCUCACAACGAUGUGGGGACCUAAAGAAAGGUCUUUGCUGUCAUUUUGUAAACACAAAACCAUUGACUUCAUGCCCGUUUCAUAAAAUGCCCCAGAAGACAUAGCUGCCUCUUGGUCAGUGUUUCUACUCCUUCCUCGGACAAUCUCCACUUGGCACCAAAGGACUGCGGCUGUGCCAUUGCCUCUUGGGCCACCCCUGCCCAGCUGGCCUCAGACUCUCUCCUGCCCAUCCGUUCGUGUCCCUGUUAAGAAUCAGCAGAUUAAAGCUCAGCCUCUCUCAACUUGCUCCCUAAUAUUGUGGCCAUCCACAGAGAUGUGACCAGGUGGCCAUGACGCUUCCCUUCCUCUGCGGAGUCACGAACCGUCCGCCGCAGGCACGCGAGGGGUGGACGGCGGGCUGCGGCCGGGAGGAAGCCUCGGGCCCCGCCGGGUCGGCAUCGCCUGGAAAUCUCCUGUAGAAGUGGAGCCACGGUGCCCUCAGAGCAGCAGACUGACCCGCUCGGCGACGGCACCUCACUUUGCGUUCUCCCAGGUUCCCUUGAGUUGCUGCAUCCCCACCGUGUAUAUACAUGAGCUAACUUUUCAGAAUUGUCACAAAAGCCCAUCGCAGAAUGUCAGCGCCCUCCGCAUGACUCCCCCUGAAGGCUUGCUUUUCACUUGCCUGUCCUGAAGAUGGCGCUAGAGCGAGUUAAGUGGAGCGGUCUUCUAACUUCACAUUUCGUUGUUUUUCAUUUUCUUGGUUUUUUUUUCCACCGUGAACGAAGCUUUAAGUCAUAAUCUAGCAUUCUAAUGCCAGGUUGCUGUCUCAUAACUUCUGAAGUAGUUUUAUUACCUGGUUCUGCCACUCAUGGCUCUGCGGUACAGGUAAUUCAGAGCGUACUACGGUACUUCCCACACACACACACACACACACACACACACACACCAUCAAGCAAGACAUUUUAUAAACAAUUAUCAAAGUCACUAUGUGAUAUUCCCUGGAAUAAUGCAUUGGAAAUCCAUUUAGUGCAGUAUAUUUUUCUAAGUUUUGGAAAGCGGGUUUUUUCCUUUAAAAAAUUAUGGAUACAGUUCCCUAAAUUCUUAAUUUAGUCAAAAUAACUAGACUGAAAACCUAAGCAAAACAAAUAUUUUAAAGAUAUAAAUAUAUGCUGUAUAUGUUAUGUAAUUUAUUUUAGGCUAUAAUACAUUUCCUAUUUUCGCAUUUUCAAAUAAAAUGUCUCUAAUAUAAUUCAGUGAUUGCUUGCGUGCUCCACGUAUCUGCAGUUGGCUCGUACUGUACUGGUGAUCACUAUAUUUUAUUUGCAGCUGUUUCACAAAGUCCCUUAUUUGUUUAUAAUUGUAAAGGGGCUGCAAAUGACAAGAGAACUAUUUUCAUUCUGGGUAACCUAGGGGAAAAAAAUGAAUUUACUAGUGUGGACAAUAGUGAAUAUGACAGUAAUAUUGGAAAGGCAAAGAGAAAAAGGCAGGCCUCCCCGGCUUGCUGUUUUCAGUGGCACAGAUAACAGUGUUAGGUCCAAGGACGACGGUGGCAUGCUUGCAUGGCUGGGCACCCCGAGUCCUCGGGAUGUGCCCUCCAUGGAGACGAGCUCUUGUGCGUUCCUCUGGAGCAGUCUUCCUCCGUUUACAUAGCCGACUGCUCAACGUUAAAUGGAUAGCUGCUUCGGGGUGGUUUCAGGGGCAGAUCUGAAAAGAUAAUUAAAAAAACAAACCAUUAACUGUAUUGGCUUUCUAAAGUACAUGACUAGAAAAUUAAACAGCAGUAUUUUUAACA